UAACGUUAAAUGUACAAUUUCAAGUUGUACCAUAAAGGCAAAAAUCUAUAACACCAAUACUAUAUAGCAUUGUAAAAUUCCUCUAUUAAUUUGUGCACUCACGCGAUAAACUUUAAGUAUGACUCCCAAUCUUAAUGUGAUCUAGAAUGAAAAUAGGCAUACUAGUUCAGCCAAUAAUUUGUUUUGAAAUUAAGUAGGCUCCCACUAAAUCCCUAAUUGAGUGGGGUGAAAAGAAACUAACAUAAUGGUCCAUGCUUCCCGAUACAAAAAUUGAAAGUAGAUGAAGAAAAAUAGGCCAAAAUUAGCACCUGGAAUUCAACGACCAAAAACAAUUAGCUCCUGGAUUUUGUUGCACUCCAUGCAGUUUUAUUUUCCUCUUCCAAAACCGUAUGAUACCCGCCUUGCGUAUCAUUCACUCCCUUGCAAGUCACAACUUCACAAUUCAUUUUAUUUAUGAUGUAUAUAUAAGCUAUUUUAUUUUAAUACUCAAACGUAACAGAAAAUAGUAACAAAUAGAGAAAUUAAUCCCACUCUCAAAACACCUUAUUUUUUUCAAUUGAAAAAAUCCAUUACAGCAACAAACAAGAAAAGAAAGAAAGAAAGAAACGGUAAACACGCCACACCUGAGUCAAUCUCGUUUAUCAACGACUUUAACCGUUUGUUUCCCCUUCAUAAUUUUCUUUUAUAUAUAAAUACUAGAAUAUUACGAGAGUCAAGACACAAGCGGCUUCAUGUUCAACCAUGCCAACUUCGACAUUUUUGGAUACCAUCUCAAGCCACAGUUAAUCUCAAUAUCUUCAUCCUUUUCUCUUUGUGGUUUGUAAAAACCAAUCCGGAAAAUUUUCGUAAUUAAACUGAAAGAGUUAAUUAGGGUUUGCAAAAACGGAUGCCUCGUACUUAUUAAUAUUGAUAUUUUAAAUAAUAAACAAAUGCACGAGGAAGGACGAAGAAGCGGAUCUGGGUCAACCGCCUUUGACCAUCGAAACGACAGUACAGAAGGCUGGAAGCGUAAUUUAGCAGCACUGCCGGACGGCCCCACCUCACUCUUACACAGAUAGGUAACUUAUUGUAAUUUUAUUAUCAUUUUUCCUUUUUAUUAUUUAUUUUUCUGGGUUUUCGUGUUUGUUUAAUGGGAGAACUGCUCUCUUUCUCUCUCUCACUAUAUUUCUUAUGCUUUUGGCUUUUGCUCUGUUUUAUAUAAAGCCCGCACUCGGCCUUUUAUUCUUUCGUCUUCCCUCUCGCCUAAGGGGAAACUCAAAGGAUUUCUGGGAAAAAGACAACGCUGAAACGGUUCGCCGGAGCGCUGCCGGAGGAACGAAAGAAAAAGGAAAGAAGGGGGGGAGCUUCCGUGAUUUCAGUCUGUUGGAAGAAUGAGGACGAGAAGAGGCGUUUGUUACCCGAGGAUGGAAGUUUGUGGUGUGGAGAAGAAAGUUGUCAAAAGAGCGAAACGCGAUUUCUCCGCCACCGCCGAUGAGAGUCUUGCCGGAAAGAGGCAGAGACUAUCGCCGGAAUCCGAAUACGGAAACCACGGCGGCGAUAUGUUCGACGGCUUGCCCGACGAUCUUGUCCUCUCAAUCCUUGCCAAGCUUAGCUCAUCCGCUUCAUCGCCAUCGGAUUUCAUCAACGUCUUGAUAACAUGCAAGAGAUUCAACGGUUUAGCCCUCAAUCAGCAAGUACUGGCGAAGGCUUCACAGAAGACUUUCGCGAUUAAGGCGAAGAACUGGUCGGAUUCCGGUCACCGUUUUUUAAAGCUUUGUGCCGACGCCGGGAAUGUUGAAGCUUGUUAUACUCUUGGAAUGAUUCGGUUUUACUGUCUGCAAAAUCGAGGCAACGGCGCGUCGCUGAUGGCCAAGGCGGCAAUCAGUUCUCACGCGCCGUCACUAUACUCGCUUGCUGUCAUCCAGUUCAACGGCAGUGGCGGGUCGAAGAGCGACAAGGACCUGCGAGCCGGAGUAGCUCUCUGCGCACGCGCCGCCUUUCUCGGCCACAUCGACGCCUUGAGGGAGCUCGGCCACUGCCUGCAGGACGGCUACGGCGUCCGCCAGAACAUCGCCGAGGGACGGCGGUUCUUGGUCCAGGCGAACGCCAGGGAGCUAGCGGCGGUGCUUUCCAACCCGAACAACGGGCUAGCCACGCGCGCAUGGCUCACGUGGAACUCCCACGCGCAUCCCAACAACCCCAGCCGCGGCAGCGCCACCGCCACCGCCGCCGCUUCCGGCGGCCCCGGGUGUCCUCUUCUGAGUGACUUCGGUUGUAACGUCCCGGCGCCGGAGGUUCACCCGGCCAGCAGGUUCAUGGCGGAGUGGUUCGCUGCCAGAGGCGGGGCGCCGGGGGCAGGUCUGAGGCUUUGUUCGCACUUCGGAUGCGGGCGGCCGGAGACGCGUAAGCACGAGUUCCGGCGGUGCUCCGUUUGCGGGACGGUGAAUUACUGCUCCAGAGCUUGCCAGGCUUUGGAUUGGAAGCUGAGGCACAAGGCGGAGUGUGCUCCAGCGGAACGGUGGGUGGAGGAGGACGGUGAGGGGAUGGACGUCGACGGCGGUGCCGACGGUAACGGUGACGGAAUGGGGGAUAGCUAGGAGUGUUCAGCGGGAGAGAGGUUAACAAAAAGUGACGGCAGGUGGAGUGUAUUUUUGUGUGGCCUUGUCGGGAAACGGAAAGGUAGUAAGUAAACGGCGUCAGGAAACGGCGGUGUAUUGGGAGAUACGAUGAGGCCAUUCCUUGGUUGGAAAAUAUUAAGGAAAGGAAAAAAAAAUAGAAAAAGAGGGAAAGUUAGAAAGACAAGAAAGUCCUUUGUAAUUGUCGUAGAAGGGCAGAGGAAGUUGGUUGUUUCUCUCGUUUGUAUAGAGGGGUAAAUCGGAGAAAACGAUGGGAAUUCUUUUUCCAAGUUCUCAUCUCGCUCUCUUUUUGCGGUAAUCUCUUCUCUUCUAUUCCCUCGCGUCAUAUUUUCACCCGUCCUCUUUUUCAUGGUUUGUGAAACCAUAUCGGUGCUAUAAAAAAAUUAGGGAUGGUAAUGAGGGGGUUUGCUUAAACCAUCCUCAUUCCCAUCUUCGAAUACCCAAACUCAUACCCGCCCCAUACCCAUGCGGGUGAAUGUUUUGCAAACUCAUCUCCAUCACCGUGGAUUUCGGGUACUCAUGGGGUAAUACCCGUACAUCCAACAUUAUUGUACUUAAAACUUACAAGGAAAGUUUUAAUUAUACCCAAAUCACAAUUGUUUUUUUAAAACGGUUCAAAGAAUAUGAUCCUAAAAUAUCUAUUAAUACAUAAUAUAGAGUAUAAUAUUUUUCAAAUUAUUAUGUUAUAAUUGUGAUAAUCUACUAAGUAAUAAUUAACUAACAUAAUCUCGUUGACAAUGGGGGAAGUGAAAGAGUGAAAGGAGAAUUGAGGGAAAUAGAUUAGGUUUUGAUUAAGGUGAUCACUCAAUUGCAUUUCUACUAUUUAUUUUCUCAAGUUAUCCUCAUCAUCAUUGAUAGAUUACAAUUUGAUCCACAUAUUUUUUUUAUAUGUGAAGAAAAUCUCUUGGUGGUGCAGGUAUGGGUAAGCGGCGGGGGAGGCUAAAUCCAUACCCGCCCCAUACCCAUCAAAUUUUUUGCGGGUUUUACCCAUACCCGCCCCAUAACCGAUCAAAGCGGGGAUUCUUGAUAUCUCUAAUAAAAUUCCGUACAGAAAGUUAAACUUGUAGUUAGGGAUGACAACAAAACCCGAACCCACGGGUACCCACCCGACCCAACCCGGUCAACGCGGGUAAAACCCGUGUUGACGGGUUUUGGGCCGGGUUCGGGUUUAAACCCGCUACACUAUUCAUCGGGUCGGGUUGGGUUUGGGUUUAGGUAAACCCGCCCCAUGGGUACCCGCUCACACACAUAUAAUUACUUUCCCGGUAUAUUUAAUAUUCUAAAUAAUAUAUCUUCCUUAAACAACUAAUAUUCUUUAUGUUUUUUGUGGAGACAUGUAUAAUUUGUUCUUUCUAAUUGUUUAGAAUGAAGUUGAUAUUAUGAAGUGGAGAGUGAAGAAACUUAGUUGACGAGGAAGAAGCUUUCAAUUAAUCUUAUUCUUUAUAGAUGUUUAUCUUUAAUUUUGAACAAUUUGUAUUGAUCAUUUGCGAUUUGCUUGUAUGCUCUAGAUUGGUGUUUUUUGUAUGAAUAAUUUGUAUGAGAAAAUUGAUGUUAAACUUUUAUUUAGAAAGAAACUUGUUAUUGUGAAUUUUUUACCACAAAAACCCACGGGUACCCAGCGGGUUGGGUUGGGUUUGAGUUUUUCAAACCCAGCGGGUUUUACCCCGGGUUUUUUUGACGGAUAAACCCAUGGGUUUGGGUUUGACAAAACCCGCCCCAACCCGACCCAUUGCCAUCCCUACUUGUAGUGGUAUUUAGCCGUAUUAAUGGUUAAGCUACGGUUAAAUCAUGAAUUCAUCAUAAAAUAUUCAACUGCUGAAUUUUUCGAUAUAAUCUCUGGUACAAUCUCACAAACAUUGUUUGUUUCUCACCUUUUGGUGUACCAUGGAGUCAACACUCAACCCUAGGUCUAUGAACUCUUUAAGAUCAAAAGGAGUAGAAGAAAAUUUCCAACAUUUA